UGGAAUGACGACGAAGCUUUUCGAGAAGGGACUGAUCUGGCAGUGGGCCAGCGCGCCGACGUUCGCGGCGCCUCGCGAGUCGCGGGGUUAUGCCAACUGGAUGCUCAUUGACGAAGCGAAAGGCGAGAUCGUGGCUGUCGGGUCGGGCGACGUGCCGGGCUUCAUCCGCACAAAGGCGACCACCACCGUCGACUUGGACGGCAAGCUCGUGCUUCCGGGCCUUCACGACUCGCACAUUCAUGUCUACCUUAUCGGCGAGGUCGCUCAUUACGUCGACCUGCGCGGAACGGCGUCAUUUGACGAGCUGCGUGAUCGCGUCCAAGCGCACGCGGCCAAGCACCCCGACAUUGAGUGGAUCGUCGGGUUUGGCUGGGAGCAAGACAAGCUGUCGGCCGACGCGCGGUAUCCCUCCCGCUUCGACUUGGACGCGAUCGUGCCAGGUCGCCCCAUGUACCUCUGGCGCGCCUGCUGGCACAUUGCCGUUGUCAACUCCAAGGCGCUCGAGGUUGCGGGUCUUCAGUGGGAUGCGAUCGAUGCGGCGUGGACCUCGAUCCCAGGCGGCGUCGUCGACAUGGAUGCCACUGGCAAGCCCACAGGCGUCUUGCGCGAAGCUGCCGUGUCGCUCGUUCACAAGUUCAUUCAAGAGCAGUCGGACGAGCUACGUAAAAAGUACCUUUUGCGCGGUCUCCAGACGUGCCUCGAAUUCGGUCUCACUGGUGUCCACACCAACGACCACAACGCGUGGUACUUGUACCAAGAGCUCCAGGCUUCCGGCCGCGUCCCACUGCGCGUAUAUGUGACGCCCGACCAGAACGAGAUUGGCCAGACAACGAUCCCCGCACCCAAGACACAGGACGGCCUCUUGAGCUGCGACCGCGUCAAAAUCUUCUCGGACGGCUCCCUCGGCGCCGAAACGGCGGCGCUGCGUGAACCGUACCGCAACACGUCCAACCGUGGCGUACUCAUGGAGUCGGACGCGUCGAUGCUCCACAAGAUUCAAGUGGCGCAUGCGGCCGGCUACCGCCUUGAGGUCCACGCGAUCGGCGACCGCGCGGCGGCGCAAGUGCUGCACGCCAUGGAGAGUGCCGGCUUGGAGCCCGCCGAUCGUCCGAUUCUGACGCACUGCCAGAUUCUCGGGCCCGAUCUGCUCGACCAGAUGGCGCGCCUCGGCGUCAUUGCCGACAUCCAGCCGUCGUUUGUCAUCACGGACGCCUCGUUCGCCGAGAAGCGGCUGCCACCGGCCUGCGUCCCGUACUCGUACUGCUGGAAGCGCAUGAUGGACCACGGCAUUCUCUGUGCCGGCGGCAGCGACGCGCCGAUCGAGACGAGCAACCCCUUCCAAGGAUUGUACGACGCCAUGCACCGCGCUGCGCCGGGGACGAGCAACUUUUUGGACUCGCCGGCGCAACAACUCACGUUUGCGUCAGCACUGCAGCUCUAUACGCUCAACGGUGCCUUUGCGGCCAAUGCGGAGACGCGCUUGGGCCACCUCGAUGCCGGUUUUUACGCCGACUUUGUCGUGCUCAACCACAACGUCGCGACCGAUGCGACCAAGUUGCUCGCGCCCGAUGUCCUCCACAGCGUCUACGUCCACGGCAUCAAGCGCCACGAGCGCGACGGCAACGCGCCCCCGAAUUUGCCACCGGCGCCGGGACUGCCGGGGCGCAACGGCAAGAUUCGCCUCUGCCGCUGCUGCCGAUAAACAGUCGACAAUGUUUGCACGCGUGUCUACUACACAACAUGGAUCGUGGUACUGUA